GGGGGGGUGGGGGUGUGCCCGAGCUGCUCCUCUUCCCCGGCGCCCCACCCGCCAGACGGCAUUGAGAGGAUUGAAGUGGCAUUCUAAGGUCAUUUAAAAUCAUGACAAGCUCAGUUGGACAGAAAAAAGUCUCUUCAAGACAAAGGAAGUGUGGUUUUUGUAGAUCUAAUAAAGAUAAUGAAUGUGGACAAUUAUUGAUGUCAGAAAACCAGAAGGUGGCAGCACAUCACAAAUGUAUGCUGUUCUCAUCUGCACUGGUGUCUUCACACACUGAUAAUGAGAGUCUUGGUGGAUUCUCUAUUGAAGAUAUUCAGAAAGAAAUAAAGAGAGGCACUAAACUGAUGUGCUCUUUAUGCCAUUGUCCUGGAGCAACCAUUGGCUGUGAUGUGAAAACAUGUCACAAGACAUAUCACUACUACUGUGCUUUGCAUGAUAAAGCUCAGAUAAGAGAGAAACCCUCACAAGGCAUUUACAUGAUUUUAUGUCGAAAACACAAGAAAACUACGCAUAACUCUGAAGCUGCAGAUUUAGAAGAAAGUAUCAAUGAACACGAGUUGGAGCCUUCACCUCCCAAAGGAAAAAGGAGGGGUCGUAAGGGAAAGCCAAGAAAAACAAAUUUAAAAGGGCAAUCAGAAGACACUAGAUCUACGUCCUCACAUGGCACAGAUGAAAUAGAAAGCAGUUCCUAUAGAGACAGGUCUCCCCACAGAAGCAGCCCCAGUGAUACAAAACCUAAAUGUGGAUUCUGUCAUGCAGGUGAAGAAGAAAAUGAAGCUAGAGGAAAGCUUCAUAUAUUUAAUGCCAAAAAGGCUGCAGCACACUAUAAGUGCAUGUUGUUCUCGUCUGGCACUGUCCAGCUAACAACAACUUCAAGGGCAGAGUUUGGGGAUUUUGAUAUCAAAACUGUACUUCAAGAAAUCAAGAGAGGAAAAAGAAUGAAAUGCACACUUUGCAGCCAGCCUGGUGCUACUAUUGGGUGUGAAAUUAAAGCCUGCAUAAAAACAUACCAUUACCACUGUGGAGUAGAAGACAAAGCUAAAUACAUUGAGAAUAUGUCACGAGGAAUUUAUAAACUCUAUUGUAAAAACCAUAGUGGAAAUGAUGAAAGAGACGAAGAGGAUGAAGAAAGAGAAAGCAAAAGCCGUGGCAAAUCAGGCACUGACCAUAAUGACAUUCCUCAGCAGCAGCUCAAUGGAAACUAGGUUCAAGGGACAGAGUUAUAGAACUGGGAAUGGCUAAGACAUCAUAACUACUAAUUCUUUUAAAUUGUUUUCUAAAAUCAGAAAAGGGUUAGUAACUUUUUACUACCCAACUCUGUUAGAAAUUUCAUUGAACUGCCUGAAACGUUCAUGUGUGUGAGCCUUCAGUAAGUGGCAGAGUUUUACAUGUCAAUAUUAUGUAGUUUGUAGUCUGCAGUGUCUGGAAAAAAUGAAACACUAUAUAAAUGAUAUGUAAUAUGUACAGUGUCAAAAGUUAAGGCAGACAUUGAAAUGAAGUAAGAUCUAUAUUUCUGGACUGAAUAAAAACCUUAAGAUUUGGAACGUGUAAGUUGUUUAGUGGAUUCAUGCAAUGAGGGAAGGUCUUAGCUAGUUUAAUUAACAACAUGGACAAGUUCAUGGUGGCAACAAGCUGGUACUUUGUGAAUUUUGCAUUUUCUUCAUACACAAGUUACGGAGGCUAUACAUGGGAAAGCCGCUCUCUGUUUUUGCUUGCAAAGCACACAGUAGAAAAGGACUCAGUGUACACCGAAGCACGCUUGAACAUUUCAGGUUGUUCCUGUUGUGAUUGCUCAUUUCACCCAGCAUUGUUUGCGGGAGAUUUACUUGAGCAGCUGUUGGUUCUGAGCUGUGAGCUUUAGAACUCAUGCCAAAGGGCUGUAGUUCAUUCUUUCCCCAAGGACCCACCUCUUUCUGUGUCCCUGAUUUACAAAGAACACUUCACUAAGUGUGAUUAAAACCUUACUAUACAAAUGUUUGGACUCUGCAGCCCAAUCUCUUUUACUUCAGAGAGUUACAACUCUUAACUCACUAUGGAAUUUAGCCACCAUAUCUGACGUCCAUACCUCAAGUGUUCUGUGUUGUGUAGAACACUUCAUGUUUUGUCCAGAAUAUGCAUAAAGGUCCCAUAUUCUGUAAGAAGAAUGAGGAAACAACCUUUUUUGCUAGAUUGGUAUUUAUUUUUUAAUCUUAUGACCACUAUAUGAGAAACUUUGCUUAUCAUCCUUAUUGUUUUAGUGAUUUUUUUUUUUUUCUCUUUCUGUCAAGUCAACAAUCACAUCAUGGAAUUCUACUUGCUAGAGUUUGAUGUUCCUUUAGGGAAUAAUCAGAUCUAGGCUAUACCAAACCUAACAGAUCAGCCCUCCAACUGCUUUCAAAACACCUUGUCAUUUCUAAUGGCUACUAGCUUCUUCAAUUGGUCUGUUAAAGCACAUUCUCAGACUUAAAUAAAACCAAAAAGCUGAAUCUAGUCCACAUGUUUGUCUGUUGCUAUCGCAUCACCUUAUUGUUUGUUUAGGGUUUUGACUUGUUUCACUCUGAACUCCCAACAAAACUUCUGGAUUUGAAGGAAGGAAACAAGCAAAAUACACUGAUUUGACUAUAAACUGCUACAGUUCUUCUGUGAUUGGUAUUGCGAAAACAGUUCAUUUGUAACAUGAGUUUCUGUAGCAUUUUUUACUUGUAUUUUUAAAAGAUUUAACGUGUCUCAUUUGUCUUCUUAUGCAUUCCCUUAAUGUCUUGAGGGACUCAAUUACUGUAUAUUGGAGUUUCUAACAUUUUACCUGUUAGAAUUCAAUCAAUUCUGUUUGCUUUCCUGGAGAAUAAUGCCGUUUUGGAAAGAAAUAUUGCUGUGUACAGAAAAUAUUCAGUUACUGCUCUAAACAUGAUGCCAUUGAUCAUUUUUAUUUUGUAUUUGUAACUUUCAAAAUUAAAAGCGUGACUUGAAUUGCAAUGACAGAUCGAUUAUUGAAAUUGUCUAUCAAGGUGUUUUGUUUCUCCUAGAAUAUGAACAUUUUUCAGCCACUCAGAACAGUUUUAGAACGCAAAAUAACAUCCUUCAAUGUUUAAAUUACUUCUAGAUUUGUGCCUCGGACAUGGCCCUCCCAUGGAAAAAAGGCACUUUGUCUGCAGCUACUGUAUUUUAACUAAGGUUGCAUGGGGUAGAUCUGCCAGCAUACUGAUUGUAUUUGAGACUGAGCUCUAAUUCAUAGUGUGUCAGUUGCUUAGUAUAAUAUUCAGUCCAAUAAUUCAUCUGUUAUGAAAUAAAUUACCCCAUUCCAUGCCUCGAAGAACCAGAACAGCACUUUACCUUCGGGUAGCAGAAAAGUAAGUGGCUGGUUUACCUGUUACCUCUUUGUGCUGAGAUGGCCUGACUAAACUGUCAUUAAUUCAGAAUUCAUGGAAACAAAGUCAAAAGCAAAAAUCUUUUCUUACAAGCCUCAAAUUUGUCAUAACUGACUUCAACUCAUGUAUGCUGGGUAAAAGUGCCUUACAAUGUAAAAAUUGUAUUUAUAUGUUCCCAAGUAGCAUCACCUGCUGGGGAGUAAUUCUGUCGUGGUGUUAAUAUUUAGAAGAAAUGUACCUCAGCAGUGUAUUUACUGUACAUCUCUUACGUCCUUAAUUGUAGUUUUAAAAAGCAUGACAAUGUAUGAUAGUAUACAACAUUUACAUCAUUUUUUAAAGACAAAAUUACUGCCAUUACUGUCUUUUUAUGUGUAUUUUAG